AUGAACAGUGUAGAUGCUUGCGGAAAAGGAGGAGUGUAUAUCGCAUAUAUUACAGCAGCUGGAGCAGCUUUUAAUGGUGCAUUUAUGAUCAGUGCACUAAUGGGGAUUUUAAUGCACCGUUGUGAUAACAGAGAUGAUAUGCUGAAGAGUGUCUUAGUCGGAAGCACCACGGUAGCACUAAUGGCAUCAUUUUUUUGUUUAUCGUGCACAUUCCUUGUGCUCAUAUUGUUCGAUUUCGAAUGUAUGGACGAUGGGAACACUAAGGACGACAUCACAUACAUAUGGAUAAUUGGUCUUCUGUCAUUUAUUACAAACACCGUGUUUGUGUUUUCCACGUUUGUUCUUACUGAACCGUCGUCGCGACCAGCGUCAAAUUCCGUCACUCCUGAUACCCGAGGAGGAGGGAUAUUUUUCUAUGUUAAACCUCCUCCGCCGUAUAGGAAGGAUGAGCGGAGCCACGCUGCGUUCCGUAAUCCACUGUAUCCCGAACUGUACGCUUACGUCGUGGAUACUGCACCACGUAAAAUUCGUGAUACGCUGCCUUUAAACAAUCCUCGCAGAAUAGUAACGAGUUAUCACGUCAUGAAGCUCCUCUUAUGCAUGGCUUUGAUCUUUGGCAUUCCGACGGUGAUAUUCUUUAUCACAAACCUAAUAUUCAGCAUGCAAUGGCUGAAGAACAAGGACGAAUGUGGAGGAAGCAGUUUAUUCAUGACCUAUUUUUCAUUUGCUGGAACUGUAUAUUUCGGUGUUGAUGCUGCAUUUUCGAUUAUCGGUAGCCUAAUUCUUUAUUUUACAAAGAAGUUCCGAAUGCUAAGCAGAUAUGUUUUAAUCACGAUAGUUGUCUCAUUCGUUUUUGUUAUCAUCGAAGGAAUAGCACUAGCCAUAAGCAUCCUUCUUUCCUUAGAUACUUCUUGUCUCAAUGAAAAACCUGUUCAGACAUUUUUCGUUGCAUCGUGGAUCCUUGUGAUGGAGUAUUGGAAAGUGUUGGUUCAGCAGAAUCAAGGCAUGACGAUGCCUGGCAGUAAGCAAUUUUGGAGCAGCUUCAGAAUUUGUUAA